UAAGAACCUACAUACCAUUUUAAACUUCAGUGCCUCAAACCGCAGACUGUCUACACUACAAGUACAGCUCGCUACCCUCGUGCUAGCAAUGUGCAGACGUAAUCAAAAAUCGACGUAGGUUCUGCGCGUUUUCCGGUGGCUACGCUAGCGCCUCGCAGACGAAGGAGGUUUGACAAGCUCACUGGUGUGUGGUCUUUUGUUUGAGCACGGAGAGGUCUGAGUGAAGGCUGAAAGAUGGUCUGAUGGACCGCCGUUUCUUCCUGACCUUCCUCUUCUGCUCACUGUUGUGGAUCUUCUUCUGGGAAGUGCGCUGGAAGAAAGGAAAGGAAAGUCAGAUCGAGGAAUGGCUCCAAGGACAUAGCCUCUCUCAAUACAGAAACUUAUUUGAAGAUGUACAGACGCUUGAGGAACUGAGUCUGAGUGUGCUUAGUCGUUUGGAAGAGGUGGUGAAGGAACAGCAGCGCUGGAGGGAGAUUGCAGAGGCUCACAUCCAGCUGCUCCGAGACUUUGCCUUCCAGGAGUGGCUUUGCUCCCAGAACCUGGAGCACUAUUACCAUACAUUGAAGACCUUGGGUUGUAUGAAUUUGGAUGAUCUCUCUCAGUUUGACAGUCAACUGCAGCUUUCUUUAGCUGCUUGGGGCUACUAUUACGAAGACUACAUAAAGUUGUCCACGGGCAUCAAGAUCCUCCAGACCUCCAGGGGGAGUCGCGACCAGGACUACGAGAUCAGGCUGGUGCACAGCCUUGCUGAGAGACGUCUGAAUGAGAAGUGGUCAUUUGCGGGAGCUCUCAUAUUUGGCUGUACUGUGGCACUGUGCUUCUUGAUAAGGGACCUCAUGUUUUACGUGAUUGGUGGAAUUACUGUUUCCAUCAUAGCGUUUGUCUUUACCAUCAAGUUCCUCUGUGAGCUUGCAGCAAGGGUGGUCAGCUUCCUCCAGAAUGAGGAUCCAGGGCGACGCGGUGAUCGCAGCAUCUACGACUAUGUCCGGGGCAACUACCUGGACCCACGUUCCUGCAAGGUGUCGUGGGACUGGAAGGAACCACAGGAAGUGGGACAAACUAUGAGCUUCAGAGUUCAGCUGUUCUAUAAGAAUGGUCAGCCUUUCCCAGCUCAUCGGCCUGUGGGGCUGAGGGUCAACAUCACCCACAUUGAACUGGCCCUGGACAUCCCUGUUACACAGGAGGUCCUGCAAGAACCAGAGUCCAAUGUAGUCAAAGUGGCAUUCACAGUGCGCAAGGCUGGACGUUAUGAGGUUGCUGUCAAGCUGGGUGGCCUCAAUGUGGCCUAUAGCCCUUAUUACAAGAUAUUCCAGCCAGGUACAGUUGUUCCAUCCAAAACCAAGAUAGCCUAUCAUUUCUCCACUUUGGUGCUAACAAAUGGCCAGCAGCACACUUUACAAAUUGAGCCCCGGGACGAGUAUGGAAACCCUACCAGUAACUCCACAUCUCUGACAGAUGAAGCAAACUACAGUGUCCAUGUGCACGCACUAGGCACAGCGGAUGAUGACAGUCUGGAGGGCUUCUACAGCAAAUCAGUUUCACUCAACAAGCAGCAGUGCCAGGUUCUGUUGAGACUGAUCCUGAGGAAGACGGGCUGUUUCAGGGCUCGCAUCACUUACAAGGAUCAGCCACUCAGCAACGGGGAAUUUGACAUAAUUGUUCUCAGUGAGAAUGAAAAGGCCUGUGUGGAGAAGAAUGUAUCCACUCCAGGCAUAAGUAUCUACUUUGAGGCAUACCUUUACAGUAGUGGGAACUACAGCAGUUCAUCAUGGCAGUUACCAGCCUCCUCUUUGUUGGCUCCCCAGAGGAGGCCCUCCAUGGGAGAAGAGGAGGAUGAACAUGACUCUCCUGUGGAGGGACAACCGGAGAAGGUCAAGAAACCAAAAAAGGUCUAUUGUUACAUAUCGCCAAAGCAAUUAUCCGUGAAGGAAUUCUACCUGAAAAUUAUUCCAUGGCGCCUUUUCACCUUUCGAGUUUGUCCAGGAACAAAGUUUACCUAUUAUGGUCCCGACCCAGUUCACAAAUACCUAACUCUAGUAGUGGAUGAUGGGAUACAGCCUCCUGUGGAGCUAAGCUGCAAAGAUAGGAACAUCAUGGCUGCCACCUUCAUUCGCUUCCUGCACAAGAAUAUUGGUGGCUCUGAAACGUUCCAAGACAAGGUGAACUUCUUUCAACGGGAACUCAGGCACAUCCACUCCAAGAGACCUCGCACCAAGACCUGCCUAAAAGUCAGCCGACACACCAUUCUAGAUUCAUCAUUGAAGGCCACAAGGAACUUCUCAGUGUCUGACUGGAGUAAGAACUUUGAGGUCGUGUUUCAGGAUGAGGAAGCGCUGGACUGGGGAGGUCCUCGUAGGGAGUGGUUUGAACUGAUUUGCAAGACCCUCUUUGACACAUCGAACCAAUUGUUCACCCGCUUCAGUGACAACAACCAGGGCCUUGUACACCCAAAUCCCGAGAGGCCGCCCCACUUGCGCCUAAAGAUGUAUGAGUUUGCGGGUCGCAUUGUAGGGAAGUGUCUGUAUGAGUCUGCCCUGGGUGGAGCCUACAAACAGCUGGUUCGAGCUCGCUUUACACGUUCCUUCUUGGCCCAAAUCAUUGGCCUGAGAAUGAACUACAAGUACUUUGAGACGGAUGACCAGGAGUUCUACAAAACUAAAGUCUGCUUCAUCCUAAACAAUGACGUGAGUGAAAUGGACCUGGUGUUUGCCGAGGAGAAGUAUAGCAAGUCGGGACAGCUGGAGAAGGUGGUGGAGUUGAUAUCUGGUGGAGCUCAAAUCGCUGUAACCAAUGAAAACAAGAUGCAUUAUCUUAACCUGUUGGCCCAGUACAGACUGGCCAGCCAGGUGAGAGACGAGGUGGAACAUUUCCUCAAAGGUUUGAAUGAACUGGUUCCAGAAAACCUGCUAGCCAUAUUUGAUGAGAAUGAGUUGGAGCUGCUGAUGUGUGGCACUGGCGACAUAAACGUGCAGGACUUCAAGGCCCACGCUGUGAUUGUUGGCGGAUCGUGGCACUUCAGAGAGAAAGUGAUGAAGUGGUUCUGGGCGGUGGUGUCUAGCUUCACGCAGGAAGAGCUGGCACGUCUGCUGCAGUUCACUACCGGCUCCUCCCAGCUACCCCCCGGGGGGUUCAACACUCUUUGUCCCUCGUUCCAGAUCAUUGCUGCCCCCACACACAGCACUUUGCCCACUGCACACACCUGUUUUAACCAGCUGUGCCUCCCUACCUACGACUCCUACGAGGAGCUGCACAAGAUGCUGAAGCUGGCCAUCAGUGAGGGCAGUGAGGGUUUUGGCAUGCUCUGACUCGUCCAUCACUGGCACUGUGGUUUCUCUCUCUCUCACUCACUCACUCACUCACACACACACACACACACACACACACACACACACACGACCAGCACUGCUUCUCUGCCCUGGUUUUCCUGCAUUCAUUCACAUUUAACACAUGGACUUCUUGCCCCACCCCUCCCACCUCCCCCAAAAUAUAAAUAUUCUCUCAAGAUGAGCGAGUAUUUCAGGAAGUCCCAGAAUGCUGUGCUGAAUCUGGGACUCAAUUGUAUGAACUCUAGUGCUACUGUAUAUUUAAAAAAGAAAAAAAAAAAUUUAAAUCCAC